AUGUUUCCUCAGUUCUCCAAUCCGCAUACCCUUUCUCAAGCCACUAAAAGGGUAGAUCGCUUGGCUUUAGAGGACAAUGACCAUCCGCCAAGCUAUGAGGGAGCAGAACGCACAGAGAUGAUCGCACAGCUGGAAGGAUUGCUGAAGAGAUCAUUCGGAAACCUGACCACUUCUCCUCGUGAUCAAGAGCACGACACUCCAAGAAGAAAAAAGCGACGAAUAGGUGCAGACGAUGUGCACUUGUCGGAGUCAUCUCCUCUCCCAUUCCGCCUAGUCUCGCGUGCACUUCCCCCCAAAUCUAUCCUUCUCAAACCAAAGCCUCCCCCAGCCAUAGUAGUCCAGGAACCUUCUUGCGAGGAUGACGAAAUAGAGGCUGAACGCCGGCGGGCACAGGCUCAAGCUGUCGCAGUAGAUUUUGACUGGGUUAUGGCAGAAUCCAAGCAGACAUAUCUUCCCUCCAAGAACGACCACAAGAAAGUCAUUCACGUCCAAGCCCAGCUUGCAACUCCUGAGCCAAUCAUGAUGGUAGUAGAACGGGAGAAACCUCCGCCGAGGAAACCAAAGCUCGCGCUCUCCCUGCCACCCGCGGACUUCCAGCCAUCUCCGCAUUCCCUACCCGCGCAAGGAGUAUUGUGUCCAGUAGUCGACGUGACAACUCCAGGUCUACCUGAACCGAAGAGAAAACGAUGCAGAAAACCUCAUGUCCCUCGUCCUCGGCCCCCGGCGAUGUUCUGGAGACCCUUUCAUGGGAUGGGUGGGAAGAGCGCAGGGUACGCCAUGGGGUAUGAGGGGAGCUGGCCGGUGCAUGAGAACGACCCGCGCUGCUAUACGUAUCAGCGAGAUACCAUGCGAAGGGGUUCCCUUAUGCAGUCGUACUUCUGA